AAAUAGAGCUGUGCAGUAAUCAAGACGCGUUUAUGUAUAAACCUGAAUUCAGACUACGUAACGUCAACGUCAACGUCUCGUUGCUAUUGGCUCGUUUCUAUGGUAAUUAGUAGAAGCAGCCGGCUGUGAACUAUUUAGCUAAGUAGCAGGAUGGAGUGGGAUUGGCCGCAUGCUCAAAACACACGGAGGAUGGAUGCAGCCCGUUAUCGAGGUAUCUGUAGGCGUUUUCUAAAUGGCUCAUGCAGAUUUGGUUCAAGGUGUUAUUAUCGACAUGAGUGGCCAGUUCUACCAACAGUCCAAAUAUGCAGGUACUUUCAGAAAGGUGCAUGCUGGUACGGUGAACACUGCAGGUACCUCCAUGUUCUUCAACCUGAAGUGGCUGCAGGUAGAAGAGGUUCAGUGCCCACCGUCUCCUCCUCCAGUGUUUUUUAUCAUCUGCCCAACCGAAGAGGGUCAGAGCCUUCUCCACUGCAGGCUGAAGGGAUGUCCAGCCAGGAAAUCAGGGGCUCAGUGUCUGUGGUUAAUAUCUCAAAUCCUCAACGCAGUACUGGGCGUCCUGCAACCUAUAUUGCUGAGGAACAGUCACAAGAUCCUCAUUCUGUUCUUUCUGCUUCUGGGGAAUCCUACCAGAGCUCAGACAUUGCUCCAGCGAGUGUCCAUAACAUGCAAAAUAAGCAGGAGGCUUCUUCCAGUGAAACGGGUGAUGAUGAUGGAGAUGACCGUGGUGGUGCUGCUGCUGCAGUGGUGGACCCAAGUACCAGACUGUCGGGGAUGGACUCUGAGGCCUUCAAUCGGAGUAAAAUUGUGACCUGUGGCAUCUGCAUGGAAAUAGUGUAUGAUAAAACAGAUCCAGGAAGCCGUACGUUUGGAAUCUUGCCCAACUGUAAUCACUCCUACUGUUUACAAUGCAUCAUGACGUGGAGAAAAACCAAAGACCUUGGGCCAGACACAGUGAAGACCUGCCCACAGUGCAGAGUGAGGUCUGCCUUUUACAUGCCUCACAAAUACUGGGUUGAAGGACCAGAAAAGGAGAGAUUAAUUGCUGCCUUUAAAGACAAAUUCAGUAAGAAAAGCUGCAGUUAUUAUUCACGACACAGAUGCUGCCCCUUCAAAACUGAGUGUCUUUAUCGCCAUGACAAAGCUUCACGCCCUGGGUCGUUUCAGUAUCCUAUAGAUGAUGAAGAUGACUACGAUGGAGUAGAUCUGCUCAAUCUCUUUAUAGCCAUGACCCUACUCGGUGGUGAUGAUGACUCUGACGAGGAUGAUGACUAUGACUUUCCUUUUUACCUAGCUGAGGAGUAUGGUGUCUGACCUUUUUUUUGAUAUUUUUUUUAAUAUCUUGUCUGUGCCUAAAACCAAUUGAUGGGGUCUGACCAUAAAACUGGCCCCAGAAGAACACGUCUGUUUUGCCCAUUCUGUCCCCGUGGAUCUUCAUUGAAACCUAUUGAGGAGCCAUGAUCAAUAUCAUCUAUGCUCCAUGGAGGGCCAAGUGUGUCCAGGAUUUUAAUCACAGUUGGACUAGAGCAGGUCAUUUUACUGAUUAGCCCUCCUUCAGCCAGAGGAACUAACCUUUUGAAAUCACCUGCUAGACUCUCUAAUCUUACUUGGCUUUCCAUAGCAUACGGUAUGUCGCCCCUGCCCUAGAAAGAAAGAAAAAAAUGCCUCCCUGGUUGAAUUUGUUUUCUCUCAGUGCCAGACUGUUUGAAAUGCUGUUGCAGAUUGUCAUAUAAGAGUUCAUUUGAGGUUCCUGUCUAAGCAAAUUGUGACAUUUUGCUAUUUUAAAGUGUUGAGUGGAUGAUAGUUUUAAAUGCCUAAAUAGAUAAAAACUGUACUGUAACCUUGGAUAAAUUGUACUGUAGCCCUACUUGCUUAAGUCCACUACUGAUGAUACCUGCCUCAAUUGAUGAUCCCUCCUUUCUAUAUUUGGCAAAAACUGAAUAGUUUAAGAUUUUACUUCUUUUAAACAAGUUGUACUUGUACACAGAAAAUAAAACAUUGCUUCACA